GAUGGUUUUGGAGAAGGAAUGGAAGAGGAAGAAGAUGAAGAUGAGUUGGAAGAAGGAGAAGUGAGAAGAUUGGGAAAGGCUUGGACUAGGGAAAGAGGGACAGGUGGGAUAUUAGCUUGGGAAGGUGAAUUAGUAGAUUCUUUAAUGGACAAAUUAGAGCAACAACAAAAAUUAGUCGAUACUCUUAAAUCCGAUCCAGAUACUUCAGAAGAAGAACAUUUCAAAUUAGUUUUAGUUCAAACAGAAAUGGAAAGAGUAAAAUACUUAAUAAGGUCAUAUGUCCGAUGUAGACUACAUAAAAUCGAAAAAUAUUCUUAUCACAUCAUUUUAACUCCUUCUUUACACAGUUUAUUAUCAGGUGCAGAACUAUCACACGCUCAAAGAUAUACAGAAUUACUUCAUACACAUUAUUCUCAUUCUGUUCUUGAUAGUUUACCAGAAUGGUUAAGGAAAAUGGAUGAUACGUAUGGUGAUGGAUUAUCGAUGGUGACCAGGCCAAAUCCGAACUUACCCGUGUUAAUUUACUGUAUACGUGAUUGUGGGGAAAUCAUACUAGACAGCGGAGAACAAGCCGCAUUGGCAAAAGGUUCCACCCACUUGGUCAAGUAUCGUCUAGUCGAGACUUUUGUCCUCUCUGGUCAAGCAGAGGUUUUGUGA